AUGAAUGAUGACAUUAAAUGUUACGAUCCACUCCCUUUUGCGGUUCUUGGGUUGAAUUUAACUUAUGUAGGAUGCACAGAAGCGAGGCCAAUCGGCGAAAAGUUCGAAGCAUUUUUGUAUAGCUGCAGCUACGCGGUAAAGAUGUCAACUCUACAUGUAACGCCAAUCGUUACGGGGCUGCUUCAAGAAUUUGCAAUCUCUUUCCGUGUCCAAGAAUGGUCCAAUUCCCAAUAUGGUGUUAUCGUAUUCCCGCAAGACACCUCCGAUCCGUGGCCAAUAAACACUAAGGCGAUGCUCAAUUUUCGGCUUCCAUCGAUGUAUAUCUGGAGCGUGGUGCUGAUUGCGCCCGAGAAACUGACGAAUCAGACGUUUCCGGACCUAAUGCUCAGCGCCGCUUUUGAUCGGGAUUUAGAGGGAGAAGGACUCAGCGAUGCGUAUCGAAUUCCACUAUACGUUGGCGCCGAUCCGGGAAUCAACAACAAAAAUCUAUUACUGGCUUCGCGGGAUUUCUAUUUGAUCCAUCUGCAUUGUUCCGUUGUCUCGAUAAUAAGCCGCUAUAAGGAAUCGGAUAUCUAUCUCACCUUCUAUUUCAACCAGCAAGGCGCGAUCAAUGGCUACGACACCGAUUUCCGCGAUCUGCUACUAAUCAGUCCCAAAUUUCCCUGGGUUUUUGACGAGCCCGGCGAUGUCUAUUUUUCGACUCGUACUGGGAUUAAGCUCGGCGAGGAAUUUAUCAAAAUUGAUGUUGAACUGACGGUUAUCGAGGGAGGAACUCUGCUUAUAAACGACGAAGAAGCCCUGGGAAAUUAUACGAAAAAAUUUACAGCCACAGACCUUGGCGCCACGUUUCACCUCAAUGUCCGGGAGAUCGCAGCCGUGUUCGAACCUGAUUUGGCUCAUGAUGGUCCUCGCGGUUUUCUCGUCCAUGUCGGAAACACGGCCAAGCGGAUCGCAAGAGAGACUUGUGUUCAAAACAUCACACUCACCCGAGAAAACCCCUUAUUUACCAUCAAUCAAAUUCAAGGUCAACUGAUCUGCGUCAAAAUUGGAGAUGAUGUUGCGGACCACGAAAACGCAAUCAUCGUGAUAUUUUGCAACUUGAAGCAGAAAAACGACCCUGAUAGCGAAACCCCAAUCAAGGGAUGCAUCUACUACGAUCUCGAUCUGACCUACUCGAAGCAAAUCUGUUGUCGCAUGGUUUUUAACGCGACUCGCAAUCGAUACACUCAAAUACGGUUGAAUAAUGAGUAUUCAUCAUUACUCGUCCGAGCUGCCACAUUCUGUCCCGGAAUGUCAUUCUCGAUUUCUAUGGAGCAAGACACGAUAGUGUUAAUGGCGUUUUGCUAUCGUUACAGCAGUCUAUGGAUACAAUUGGGUCAACUGCAAUGGGCGCAUAGCGAGAACAACUGCGAGUAUCAGCUUUAUUCGGGUGCUAUUUCAAGACCAGAUGCCAAGCUACCGCUAGCGACUUUUCGCGACGUUGACCCAUUCAUUCCUCAAUUUAUCCCCGGAGGCGUGUAUUCAAUUUUUAUACCAAAAGGAUGCAACCCUGUCGUAGCUACGAAAACUGUUAGUUAUGAUGACGAUAUCCAAGUCCCGACGAACCAGUGCAAAGGAAUGGCCCUGGAUGUCGGCCCGGCAUUUGGAGACCCGUUCACGACCAAACGCUUCAUAAGCUUCCAAUACGAACUGAAAGCCCUAGACCUCGGCAUGCUCGAAAUCUCGGCGAUGGAUGGCACUUUGGAAGUGUUAGAUCGAAGGCUUUUUGGCGUCACUACUUUGCCAACAUUGCCGCUAAAUAUAACUUUUCGUGCCGCUCAGAAACUUCGAGUUUCGUGGAAAAGCGGACGCGCAUUUGAGGCAGGCGAAGCUGCUGGCUACCUUGGAACUGUCUAUUUUCUGCCGACAUUACGAACGACAGCAUUUCCAAUAGAAAUUUCUACAUGGACGAAUAGUCACUACUUUCAUAAUACUCUAUUUCGCAAUUUCAUAUUAGUCUUGUUAUUGUUAUGUGAA